CACGUUGGCUUGGCAACCAACUAACAAUUUUGUUUACCUAGCUAGCUAGCUAGAUUUAUAAUUUGCAAGUCGUGAUUUGUUGGCUAAAAAGAUGAUAGAUCCUGCUUUAAGUUCUUUGGGUGCUCAGAUUGUCUUGGCUGCGUCCAGUGAUGAGAAUCAUCCUCCAGAAAACAUUAUUGACGGGUGAGACGUGUUUAUUCUAAAGAGAAACCUCUAUCAAAAAGAUAGUUUAGAACCUCUGUGCCUAUCUGGUUUGUUGUUAGCUAACGUUAGAUAGCUAGCUAUACUAACCUAAACUUCCUGUUUGUCACAGUAGCUAGCUAGCUCGUCAGAUAUGGUUUGUAUUGUUGAUAGCUAGCUACAUGCUUUGUUGUUAAAAUCAAGAUAAAAGCUACUAGCUAGCUAGGUAUGGUAGCGUGAGAAGAGCUAGCGAGCUAUGUGGUGGUAACAUCUCCUUAGUCUGUUAGUCUGCUACAGACACCCAACAAUGUUUCCACACAAAGCCAACAUCCUGCUGCUAUACUAUGUCAUGUUACACCAGUCACUAACUCACAGCCAGCAGCACCAUGCCACGCCACACCACACCAUUAAUUGGCCAGGUCGCAGUUGUAAAUGAGAACUUCUCAACUGGCUUACCUGGUUAAAUAAAGGUGAAAAAAAUUAAUAACUCACCACAGUCCAUACCUUGAUGAGUCACUUUCUCUCUUCUCAGGAACACUGAAACAUUUUGGAUGUCCACUGGAAUGUUUCCACAGGAGUUCAUAAUCUGCUUUGCUGAAUCUAUGAAAAUUGCCCUUGUGACAAUGCACUGUUAUAAUGGUAUGAAACAAGGUCAAAAGUAACUUAUCAAAUGGCACACUGUCUAGCUACUACAGCUUGAUCAUGUUGCUUGAAAUGUAUCUGUUAUUUUGUUCUCGUUGUCUUUCAGUUAAGACUCUUAAAAUUGAGAAGAGCAUCUCAGAUGAUGCUACUGACUUUCUGGCUAUUUCAGAAAAGGGUAAGCAAAGCUACUACGAAUACACAGUGCCUCGAAGCAAAUUAAGUCUGCCUUUCAAAGCAGUAUUGUGAUCUUCAUUGCAUCUUGUUUCAGAAUUUGAACACACAGAGGGGCAUCUUCAAACAAAUGAUAUUCCAGUGAGUUGACUGCCUAUUCUAAUCUAAUGUGCAUAAUGUUCUACAUGGUACUACAACGUGUCUGCAAAUGUCAUAUACUGUAUAUACACAUGACUUUGAGUGAUUAGAACUAGUCUUGUUUUUUUCUCUUUACAGUUAAAUGUUUUUUCUCUUUACAGCUAAAUGGAACGACUGCAACACACUUGCGCUUCAUCAUUACCUCUGGAUAUGACCAUUUUGUCUCAGUACACAGGGUCAGUGUGGAGUGAUGAAAUAUAUAUAGUACCUUCUCAUAAUGUAUAUCUCUACUUAUUAAGGAGUUUGUCUGAAUAUCUAAUAUGUUUUACAUUGUAUUGUCUUUUUGUUGUUGUGUAUAUUUUUUAAAAUAAUGAAACAGGAGUUAAUGUUACAUCACCUGAGGCCCAAUUAAUAGUUUGUUUUAUUCUACCUGUUCACCAAAUCCAAAUUGUAAUACAAUCUGUUGAAUAAAUCAGACUACAAUUGUAAUCUGAAAACAAUUGCACUUGACUCAAAACAUAUGGUGACAGUUGAUGAAAUAAGGUUCUCCACCUGUAGACGUUUCAUCUGUGUGUCCACCAGGUCACUAUAUUGUUGGGGGUCUUUCUUCACU